AUGGGCAGCAGGAGGCCUCGGGGGCUGCGCCCGGGCUCCGAGCUGCCCUAGGUCUGCUGACUGGCCGGGCGUGGGCCACAGACAUGGCCCAGCUGCUGCCCUUUGUCCUCAACGUCCCUGAGAUCCCAGAUGACCAUGACCGGGAGCCCAGCCCGUACGACGAAAGCGAAGUGCACGACUCCUUCCACCAGCUCAUCCAGGAGCAGAGCCAGUGGGUGGCCGAGGAGGGGCUGGAGCUGCGGCUGAGGGAGCUGCGGGCCGGAGCCCCGGGGACCUCGGGCAGUGGCCGCCAGGCCCCCCCGGCACCCGAGGAUGCCGCCCCCAGCAGGGCCACGCUCCGCAUCUUGGCCAGCAUGCCCAGCCGCACCAUUGGCCGCAGCCGCGGGGCCAUCAUCUCUCAGUACUACAACCGCACGGUGCGGCUUCGGCGCAGGGUCAGCCGGCCCCAGCUCGGGGGCGCGGGGCGCUCGGCCCGGCCCAGCCUCCGCCUCUAUGACCUGGAGCUGGACCCCGCGGCCCUCGAGGAGGAGGGUUGGCCUUCCACCUGGUAUCCUCUGGUGUACAGCAUGUCCCACUCCUUUGGGGAGAGCUACCGCGUGGGCAGCACCUCGGGGGUCCAUGCCGUCACCGUGUUCUGCUCCUGGGACCACAAGGUGACGCAGAAGCGGGCCUCCCGUCUCCAGCAUGACCACAUCCGAACCCAUCUGAAGGAGCUGCUGGCCGAGUGGCAGCUGCGGCAGGGCCCCCGGAGCGCGUGCGGGCGGCUGCGGCAGGUGGCCGCGCUGGGGCUCGUGUGGCUGCUGUGCCUGGCGACCACGCUGGGCUGCACCGUCGCCGUGUACGCCUUCUCGGAGCUCAUGAUCCAGACCCCCGUGUCUGCUGACCGAGAGGGGGCGCUGCUGGCCCUGCCGCUGGUGGUCUGCCUCCUCAACCUGGGGGCCCCCUACCUGUACCGCUGCCUGGCCGCCCUGGAGCAUCAUGACUCCCCGGUGCUGGAGGUGUACGUGGCCGUCUGCAGGAACCUCAUCCUCAAGAUGGUCAUUCUGGGGGUUCUUUGCUACCACUGGCUGGGCCGCAGGGUGGGCACCCUGAGGGACCAGUGCUGGGAGAACUUUGUGGGCCAGGAGCUGUACCGGCUCAUGGUGCUGGAUUUCAUCUUCGUGCUGCUGGACACGCUUUUCGGGGAGCUGGUGUGGAGGCUCAUCUCUGAGAGGAGGCUUAAGAGGAGGGAGAAGCCGGAGUUCGACAUUGCCGGGAACGUUCUGGAGCUGAUUUAUGGGCAGACCCUGACCUGGCUGGGGGUCCUCUUCGCCCCCCUCCUCCCCGCCAUCCAGAUCAUCAAGCUGUUGCUCCUCUUCUACGUCAAGAAGACCAGCCUGAUGGCCAACUGCCAGGCGCCCCGCAGGCCGUGGCUGGCCUCGCACAUGAGCACCGUCUUCAUCUCGCUGCUCUGCUUCCCCUCCUUCCUGGGAGCUGCCGUCUUCCUCUGCUACGCUGUGUGGCAGGUGAAGCCCUCGAGCACCUGCGGCCCCUUCCGGACCCUCGACACCAUGUACGAGGCGGGCAAGGUGUGGGUGCGUCGCCUGGAGACGGCGGGCCCCAGGGUCUCCUGGCUGCCCUGGGUCCACCGGUACCUGGUGGAAAACACCUUCCCCGUCUACCUGGUGUCGGCCCUGCUGCUGGCCGUGAUCUACCUCAACAUCCAGGUGGUGAAGGGCCAGCGGAAGGUCAUCUGCCUCCUCCGGGAGCAGAUCAGCAAUGAAGGGGAAGACAAAGUCUUCUUGAUCAACAAGCUUCACUCUGUCUAUGAGAGGAAGGAGAGGAGCAGGGUUGGCAGAACUCAGGAGGCCGAGAGGCUCGAGGACGAUCUGGACGCCUCCUAGGACAGUGACCGGCCUGGCGGCCCCGCAGGCAGAGACGCCAACCUGGGACUGUGCACGCACCGGACGACCCCACUGGGCCACGGGGAGGGUGACGGGCCCCCGCAGCCCAUGGAGGCUGGAGCUGGAGCCCCUCCAGGGGGCGAGGUCCUGCUCAGGACUCUAUUUAUUCUGAUAAAACAUGUUUUGCAAGA